CCUCCCCAGUCUGGCUGGGGAGGGAGGGGAGGAGAAGGAAGGGAAAAAACCCAACAGUUGGCAUUCACUCAGGCAGCGCUCCCUCUCCAUCCAUCUCUCCUCCUGCCUCCCUCCUCCCAUCCUGGCCUGCAGGCCGGCCCCCAAGGAAAGCCAAGCCUUCCUCCUUUUGUGCUACACCCUCUCCCUCCUCCUCCUCCUUUCCCCCUGCCCGCCCCCCAAGGGCCCUAUAAAUAGCCCCAGAAGGCGGGCUGCUCUCCAGAGCACUGCUCAGGCUCUGAGGGCAAGGACGGGCGUGCCAACCAGCUUGGUCACUGAGGCAGGGCAGGGCAGGGCAGGACAGAGCAAGACAGGUGGAGAUCAGGGGCACCAUGGCCAGUGAGUUCAAGAAGAAGAUUUUUUGGAGAGCAGUGGUGGCCGAGUUCCUGGCCAUGAUCCUCUUCGUGUUCAUCAGCAUUGGCACGGCCCUGGGCUACAACUACCCAGUGGAGGGCAACAAGACCUCCGGUGCCAUGCAGGACAACGUGAAGGUCUCACUGGCCUUUGGCUUCAGCAUCGCCACGCUGGCGCAGAGUGUGGGCCACAUCAGCGGGGCCCACCUCAACCCUGCAGUCACCCUGGGGUUCUUGCUCAGCUGCCAGAUCAGCAUCCUCCGGGCUGUCGCGUACAUCAUCGCUCAGUCUGUGGGGGCCAUUGUGGCCACAGCCAUCCUCUCGGGCAUCACCUCAAACCUCCCUGGCAACACCCUUGGGCUCAAUGGGCUCGCCAAGGGAGUCAAUUCAGGCCAGGGAUUGGGCAUCGAGAUCAUAGGCACCCUGCAGCUGGUGCUGUGUGUACUGGCCACCACGGACCGCAGGCGCCGAGACAUCUCAGGCUCCGCUCCAUUGGCUAUCGGCCUCUCUGUCGCCCUGGGCCACCUCCUCGCGAUUGAUUACACCGGUUGCAGCAUCAACCCUGCGCGCUCCUUCGGCCCAGCGGUUAUCACCAACAACUUUGAGCACCACUGGAUUUUCUGGGUGGGGCCCUUCAUCGGGGGUGCCUUGGCUGCGCUCAUCUACGAUUUCAUCCUGGCCCCACGCAGCAGCGAGCUCACGGACCGCGUGAAGGUCUGGACCAGCGGGCAGGUGGAGGAGUAUGACCUGGAUGCCGAGGACCUGAACUCCAGGGUGGAGAUGAAGCCAAAGUAGAGGCAGCCUCCGCAGAGUGGGGGAGGGAUGGGCUUGACGGGCAGGCGGGAGGGGGCGAGGGCGGGGCUGGGGGAAGAUGUCAAUCUACGUUAUAGACUUUACAAGCCAGCUGACUCGGAGACAUCCGGGUGCCCCCCUAGGGCGCCUGGCCUCCCGGGGUGUCUCAGCAUCUUUCUUUCUCUUUCCUUGCCUCUUGUUUCUCGAGCUGGGUGCCUGGGGUCCACAUGUUGAUGCUUGUUUCCCCAAGAUUGGGACACAAGAGAGGGAUGGGAGCACCUCAGAGCAGCCUCCCCAGGGCCUUGGACUGAGGUUUUGAAGGGGAUUCUAUCCGCAGGGCGGGGCAGCCGAGGUAUUUGUCUACACCACAUGAUGUGAGAGGAACCCGUAAAGCUUUCUGCCCUCGUUUGUCUCCCCUACCCUGACACCUGCUCCAAAUUCUACCUUUUGAGGGGUCUCAGAUUCCCCAUCUGUGAAAUGGGUGCACUGGAUAAGCUGCCCUCCAAAACAUUUUCUUAGCAGUAAUGACAGGAGUUUGUGAACACGGAGAGUGUCGAUCGGAGAAGAGCUCAGGGCCAGAAAUGGGGUCUGCUUUGGGCCAAGGAUGCGCCCACCCCUCCCCCACCCCAACGUGAUCCUUGAGGCCUUCUUAAGCCCUCAGGAAAUAAUCCUGUCAAAGCAUCUUUUUUUUUUUUCUUGAAUUGCAUAGAGAAUUUCUGCCCUUUGAAGUGUGCUGAGGCCUGAGGCACCAGCUCUGCCUGGGCCUCUGUUCUGUAGCCUUAGGCUAGAGCAGGCCCGGAUGACCUUGGCCACGCCCCAAUGCCCCUCUGUUUGCUAGGAGCUGGUCCGGGUCACCCUAGGGCCUGGUGGGGCUGUCUCAGUCAGGGACACCAGCUGUAGAGACAAGACAACCACCAGCUCAGGCUGGCCCCUCUCCUGCUCCCUUCCCACCAACAUUCCAGCAGGAUCUACACAGCCUGCAGACAGGGAGCUCCAUCAGGGUAGACUACGGCCUGAGAGAUGGGAGCUGGGUGGGGUGGAUGCCCUGGACCCUCUCCUUUCCAUGCCUCCAUGCCCUCCCUCUCUGCCAGCAGCCAGGCCUCCACAUCCCUAGGCAUCCAGAAGGAGAUGGAGACACUCAGUCUGGGACCCAGGGGUGUGGCAGCAUCCCAGCCGCCACAAGUCUUUCCCUUUGCUGCUACGCACUUUCACAUAUAUACCACAUCCCGCCCAUUGGACAGAUGAGGCCAUUGAGACCUGGUGCCCAGGGAGCUCGGUGUAGGCAGGGACUAGAGCCUAAGGUUUCUGACUCUCUGGGGAUGAAGUGAUUGACUGUCUUUCCCCAGGUGCCCCUGCAGCGUCCUGACCAUGGGGCUGGGGGCAGAACCUUAUGGCCUAUCCCUUUCUCUUCCUCACUUCCAGUCGGUGGGCCCCUGUCUGUCUGUGUGGCAACUACUGCCUCAUUGGGAUUGGAAUCACAUGAACAAAUAAAGGUGUAUGAAUACUGAACA